CCUCAGUGGUCUUUUGCGUCUCGCCGCCGAUGAGAAGUACCGAUCCGCCGCCUAGGCUGACGGCCACUUGAAAUCAUCCGGUUUCAAGGUCAGACUCGCCAAGCCAAAACCGAAGAAAUCAGAGGCACGCUCUCACCCACGCGCAUUGGAUCAUGAACACGAACGAGGGAAUGCAAAAGGAUAUAAUACUGGGAGUCAACGCGAUAAGGACAAACAGACAUGAGCAAUUUGAAAGGGCUGCAGAAGCUGUAAAGGCGCUUACAAAGCGUCCUACUGACGAUGAACUUUUGGAGCUUUAUGCUUUAUUUAAACAAGCUACACUUGGCGAUAAUAACACAUCCAAACCCGGUAUGCUGGAUUUGAAAGGAAAAGUCAAAUGGGAAGCCUGGAAUAAGAAGAAGGGCACUUCGCAAGAAGUAGCGAAGCAAGCCUACAUCGAUUAUGUCAACCAACUGAUUGAAAAAUAUAAAUAAUUUUAUCUAUCAUCGCUGGUAGUUGCAUUCCUGUUGUAAUCAUGAAUCAAAAGAAAUGUAUUUUUAUAUAAUUCCUCAAAUAUUAACAUUUUGUUACUUAUUGUAAAUUAAAUGUUUAGAAAUUUUUCAUUAU